UCAAAAUCAGCACCUCAAAUGGAUUACUUCAAAUCACUAGCUCAUGAGUUAUUCUCCAACAAUUUUGAAACACCUCCAACUUCAAUCCAAUUCAUAGAUGCUGCACUUUCUUGUACAAGCCCCAUCUUUGCACCACCUUACACAGAUCCUAAUCAAAUACGCAUAAUUCGAAGACACCUCGUCUCUUUGCUUCAAGAUUAUCCUUCUUUCAAACCUUCCAUUGAUCCCUUUACCCACGACGAUGGUACUAGUGUCAACUUACUUAAUGCAAAUGGAGAGUUGCAGGUCUCUUCCUCCACCCCUCCAAUCCCUCUUACCAUUUGGUUACAUGAAAGUUACCCCUUUGUUGCCCCUAUUGUCCUUGUGUCUACAAAUAUUGACUUUCCAAUUUAUGACAACCAUCCUUUUGUGGAAUCUUCAUCAGGUGCUAUUUCUUCAUUUUACCUAGUAAAUUGGAAGUACCCCGGGUGCAACCUAUCUGAUCUUGUGCACAACCUUAUCAAGAUCUUUUCACAUAAUCAUCCUUUUUACUAUUCACCUUCCAAUGAUAAUUUCUUUCACCCUUCUCUAGCUUCUAGAAGGGAAGCUGUGGACCGACUUUCGUGCAACCUUUACUAUGACACGACGGAAUUACUGUCCAAGACUCAUGAUGAAGUGGAGGAGCUUUCAAGCCUUAGAGAACAAAUGGUUAGAAGGGCAAUUAUUGCAGAGUUUACGGUUGAUGAGCAUGAAAAUGAAAGGACAGAAUUGAAGGAAAGGGUUAAAAUCUUGACAGACGAAGCAGAUAAACUGUCGAGUUGGCUAAAAGUUAAUGAUCAAAGUUCAUUUUCAGAAGAUAAAAUUGAGGAUGCAUUUGAAGCCACUGAUGAGGAUUCGAAGGUACUAAUUGAUUGCAUAGCAGCAGACAGGGCAACAGAGGAUUUGAUAUACUCAUUAGACAACGUAGUUGAGAAAGGGGUUGUGCCUUUAGGUACAUAUCUAAAGCAAGUUAGACUUUUAGCCAGAGAUCAAUUCUUUGGUAGAGCUAAGCUUGUAAAAAUGGGAAUAUCUCUCCAGUGGCUUGAUUGACUGAAUGGUGUAUGAUAUUUUACUCAGACUCCAGGGCUAUAUCAUGUAUAGAAAGCCAAAGUUGAAUCUGUAUUUUUACCUCAAACUUUG